AUGGCUGGGCAUCUCAAGGUCCUCGGAAAAGAAUUCGGCACAUCUCAAUAUUCUGUUGACCACAAGGUACUUGUCAGUAUCUCCAGGUCCCCAAACGUUGCCCUGCCACGUAGCAUUUCGUUUGUAACAUUUCAUCACAAGAAAAUAGAGGAUAAGAUGCUCGUCAGGGGGAUCCAGCCCACCAAUGAAUGGACCAUCCGUCCAAGACGGAACGGGAGAUCUCCAGAUAUUCCUGAUAGUGGAUAUCCGCACCCGGUGUAA